CAGCUCCGCCGAUAGCCAGCCAAAGAGCCUACUCCGCCAGUUGCUGACCAUCCAGCCAGCCAGACAGCUAGCUCCCCUCCUUACCUUGCUCAGCCAUGCAAAAGGUUGUACUUAUGGUAGUAGCCAUGGUGGCUCUUGGCUGUCUCCUCUCCCUCCUCCCCUCGUCCAAGCUCACGACACCACCAACACUCAAUCGUCAUCAGUCCGAGGUCACCGUCGAUCGGCCGAAGACCCCAUCACCGCGGAGAGACCCGCCUCCCAGGCCACAAUCUGUAGGACGCAAGUACGUACUACUUCAUCAAGACCCGCUGCCGACGGCAGCGACAUGGAUCGGCCAGAAGCCCAAUGAUACACUGACGUGGAAUGGCGCGGAGCUGCCGUUCUGUUACAGCCCCGAGUUUGACUACCCGGACGUCCUCGCCUACCGCGACCAGCACGUGUGUAUGCCCUCGUUCAACAUCAUCGGCACUCUCAAGGGCGGCACUUCGUCGAUGUACACCUACAUGCAAAAUCAUCCGGCUGUCUACUCGCCGUUCAAGAAGGAGCUCUGCUGGUUCCGCUUUGUUCGCAUUCCCGGCUCGGACGUCGCCGACCCGGACAUGCUCCGCCGUCGCCUCCCGCUCAUCCCGCGCGCCAAUGAGCAUGGCAUCACCGGCCUCGGCUGUCCGUUCUACCUCGCAGAUUACGGCGUCUCCGAGCUUGUCAAGGAAAUCUUUCCGCGGCUCCGGCUCAUCGUCAUGCUGCGGAACCCUAUCGACCGCCUCUACUCGAUGUUCAACAUGCGGGUCCGCUACACCGACGACGGCUUUACUGGCCGCGAGAAGUUUGAGGACUUUGUCCGCUGCCAGCGCGGCUCGCAUGGCAACGUCAUGUGUACCUCGGACCACGAGGGCACCCGCGACUUUAUCUACGAGUCGAUGUACGUUCUCCACUUUCGCCGCUGGAUCCGCGACUUUCCGCUCUCGCCGCAGUGGAUCAUCAUCGACUCGGCCGAGUUCUACGCCGACGAGGAGCAAACAAUGCGCAAGGUAUUCGCUCACCUUGGUCUCCCGCCGUUCGACUUUCCCAAUGGCUCCUUCCGGCCAAUCAACGCCGACCCACAAAAGGCGCACCACAUCAUGGAUCCUAAGCUUCGCGGCCUCCUCGACGAGUUCUAUGCCCCGUACUCAGAGCAGCUCUACGACCUCCUCGACUACGACUUUGGCUGGCACGACACAGACCGCCUCAACGCCCGCCGCUUCCCUUUCAACGAACUAUUUCACGAGGAUGGUACCCCAUCCAACGCCACCUACACUUUGCGCGACGACCCUUCCAUCGAGGACGCUCGAUUCUACAGACCACCCGCAUUUGGCGUCCGCCCCAAGGCCAAGAAACCCAAGCCUCGGAACUGA